GACACAAAACAGCUGACUGAUUAUUAUUAUUAUUAUUAUUAUUGUAAGAAGAAGAAGAAGAAGAAGGAUUUGUCGCAAGAAAAGAAAGAUUAAUCUCUUGAAAUAAACUCGUAUAAUAAAAUCGUGUAAUAUUUCAUGCUAAUUUAAUACGCACCUCGAAACCUGUAUCAAUCUGUGCAAUUUCUAUUGUCGCAAUUUCUCAAUUUCGACUGUGUGGAAAUGUCUUUUAAGAAAGAUCUGAGGUUGCUUGUGAAACCAUACUACUUAAUAAAUAUUUUUCUCAGUAUUUCUUACAUCCUAUCGAAGCGCACUCCUAUAAUCUGUAAUUACAUAUUUGCUCAAGGUGACUGCGAGUUAGAUGGGAGGGAAACAGAAAUUCUUUUCUUUCUUUUGUUUGUCAUCAUGAUAAGGACAAGAAAAACUGGCAGCGUGACCAUGAUCAAUUACUUGACAUCUAGUUUUGUAUAUACAAAAGUGACAAAUUUGCUUCUAUGGCUCUAUGCAGAUGUGCGGAUGGGCAUUCUAUUUGCAUUUAUUUUCAUAUUAUGCGGAUUAAUACUGCCAGAACCAACGUAUCAGGGGCCUGAAAAUAUAAUCUAUUUACGUGGAGCUAAUGGAUUACAGGAGGAAUUACGUGACACUAAAGUAGUCUGGCUGAUAGCAUUUUACACAGCCUGGAAUCCGGCCUGUGUAACUUUUGCUCCAGUAUUUGCUGAACUGUCUGCAGAAUAUGCAUUGGAAAAUUUCAAAUUUGGUAAAGUUGAUGUUGGACGAUAUCCAGAUGCAGCAAUAAAGUAUCAUGUCAGUGAUGCUAGUACAAGCAAGCAAUUACCUACAUUAAUACUCUUUAAAAAUGGCAAGGAAGUAGAACGACGUCCAUAUGCGGAUCAUAGGGGAAAACUUGUCAAAUUUCUUUUCUCAUUGGAUAAUGUAAAGGCUGCAUUUGAUCUCAAUAAUAUUUAUAAUGAUUGUAAGAACAAUCCUAUCAAGAGAAAAGAGAAAAAGUCGCUGAAAGCAGAAUAACCAAAUGAAAUUUAAGCACUUAAGUGAGAAACACAUUCUUCGCAAUUCACAUCUAAGCGAAUUUCAAUUAGACAGCUUCUACUAUAGUAGAAAAUCCAUCUAGCGCGUUAUGUCGUUCGAAUUCUGAAAAGUCUUUAAAAAUACAUUGUAAAUAUAUUUUAUUGCUUGUUGUAAUAAUCGGUAAUUUCAUUUAUAUUCAUUUGUGUGUGUGUAAUACAUCAUCAUAAAUUGUUAUAGCAAUAUUGUAUAUUAUCCGAUGUAAAUGUGCCAUAAACAUGCAAAAUAAUUUAUCGUAAAUUAA